AUGGAACUGAUUUCGGUCCUUUUUAGCUCUACUCAAUGCUGGACAUGGCAAAAGCAGUUACGGUUUUAUCUGGUUGGAGAUGGAGUUGUAGCGCGGCAAGUAAACAGCGAAUUCUCCUAUACUUACGAAUAUCAGGGAAAUACCUCAAAGCUAGUUCAUACGCCGUUAACAGACAAAUGCUAUCUCACACUCACCCAAGCAAUGUUCAUGGGACUCGGUGGCAAUCCGUACGGACCUGCUGGUACUGGCAAAACUGAAUCAGUCAAGCCGAAUUUUCAUCGGUAUCGUACAGUGUGGGGCACCGUGCUAUCUGCUGUCUCCAUGCAAAUUCAAACAAUCCAGGAUGUCAUCAAAUCAAAAAGUGGCACCUGCACCCUCGGAGGAAAAACAGUAAGAAAAUCUAAAAUUGAAAUUAGCUCUUAA